GCUAGUUAGUCCCUGCCAAGGGGGUUGUAAUGUAUACUCUUAAAUUAGCUUGACUCAAUAGCCCUCCUCGUAUAGGGAGGCUUUGGUUGUCUAUCCGGCUCGAAGCCGUAGACUUCGCUAUACCACAUGCCCCCGGCCAGACACCCCCAAGGUGGCCACCUGCAUACAUAUAUCUGCAUCCAUUGUAGAUAGGAUGGUGACAUAGCACUUUCCUCGGCUCAUGUGCAGCCCGAGCUUCACUUGUGAUUAUCAGACGAUUGGCAGUCAGUACCGGCCGCAUGCAGCUAGAAACCGGACCGUAUACGUCGUCCGGUUUGCCUCCCCUCACAAACAGAGUUCGAGUUGACAUCACAUAGCAUGGCUGCCUAUCUCUAGUGACAGGUCUGGCUUUCGUGCACCUCCCAACCCCCAUCUCCAAUCACCUAGAACGUCAUAAAGGAGGAAAGAAGCAAACCGAUUAUCAUGACGACGGAAAUCAACAACCAAAACACCAACGUGGCAGUAGUCACGGGGGCCACAGGCGGUAUAGGCUACGCCGUCGCCCACACAUUCGCAAAAGAAGGCCGCCCGCUCAUCCUCUGCGGUCGCAAACCUGCUCGCCUAGAAGAAGUCAAAGCCAGCAUCAGUAGCAACAUCUCCACUCACAUCGUAUGCUGCGACAUCACCGACCCCGGCUUCCCAGCCCAAAUCCAGACCGCCCUCGGCGACCGCAAGAUCGGCGUCCUCGCUCAUGUGGCGGGCAUCUCCCCUGUGAUGGGAGACAGAAAGCUGAUUUUCGAGACCAACUUCACCGCAACGAAGCGGCUUGUCGAGGAGCUCCUCCCGCAUAUGGCCAAUGGAAGUGUAACCAUACUGGUGGCGUCAAACGGGGGCCAGAUCAUAGCCUCCUCCACCUCGUUCGCGGAGUGGGUAUGCAACCGUAUCAUCAAGGGGCGCAGGCCACUGCUGUUGUGGCUAUUUCUCAGGUCAUCUGGGGUAGCAUACUGUUUGUCUAAGCGGGCGGUGCAGCUUUACGCCCAGUCCAAGGCGUCGACGUUUGGGAAGGAUGGCGGCAAGCGCAUUGUAUCGGUUUCGCCGGGCCUCAUCGAUACCAAGAUGUCGCGGCUUGAGGGGGAGACGAGGGGGCUAGAGGAAAUCGUGCGUUUGAUACCCCUCGGGAGGAUGGGGGCUGCGGAUGAGGUUGCUGCGGCUGUUGCGUUCCUGGUGUCGCCGGCUGCUGGCUUUGUUACGGGGAUGGAUUUCUUGAUCGAUGGUGGGGGGUUUGCUGGGAUAUUGGAAGCUGGCGGGCCGAGGAAGGCUUUUAGAUGAAGUGGUCGUAUACGGUAUUGUUGUUGGACCAAAUUGACCGUCAAAAGACGAGGGA